AUGGCGAUUGGUAAGAAAUGUGGGUCGAGGGCAAGUAGAGGGUACGGAAUGGGGCUUGUAAGAAGCACAUCGUUUGGGAGAAAAAGAGUUUCCCUUUCGAAUGUUGUCGUCGGCCCAGAUUUUCAGAGUGGGGAUUUUGCAGCCACGACGACGCCUUCGAAACGACGGCGUUUCGAUCGAGAUUCGGGUUUUUUCGAGUCGAAAUCGGUGCUUGAGGAUUUGCCUCAAGAAAUUCUGAUCAAGAUACUUUGUGGUGUUGAGCAUGAUGAUUUGAAAAGGCUGUUUUUCGUUUCGAAAGCGAUUAGAGAAGCUACUUUGGUUGCCAAGCAGCACCAUUUUGCCUACAGCACGCCAAGAAAGACGGUGGGCUUUCAUGACGAGUGGCAAUUCGGUAGUUUCGACGAGGCUGAAGCCCCGAACGCACCGAAGCAGUCAAGGGUCCCACGGCGUAAAUUAUCCGCCAAGAAAUUGGCCGAUAUUUCGGUCAAGCUCUUUGCUUCGGGCGAAGAUGGUUAUUGGCCCAAGCGGAAUUUAUUCCUUGAGAUGGAAAUGGGUAAUUGA